GAUAAAAAUCUCACUCAGUGUUCUACUAUCAAAGAAAUAACAUCAAGGAAAAUAUUUAUUUUGAGAAGCUUAAAAAUCAUAAUAAAUAAUAAUGUCUUUUGUGAACAAAAGUGCUUUGGUUACCGGUGGAACAGGAGCAAUUGGUGCUGCAAUUUGUGAAGAGUUUCUGAAAAAUGGUGUUGCACAUCUUGCCGCUCUGGACCUAAGUUCCGAAGAGCCUAAAAUUGUCCAUGAGUGGAGAAAAAAUUUCCCAAAAGCUACCAUCAAAUAUUACCAAGUGGACGUGUCUAGUGAUGAAGCACUUCGGAAAUGUUACUCAGACUUCACGAAAGGCAUCCAGAGUCUGGAUAUUGUCGUGAAUUGUGCUGGGAUCCUCAAUGAGAGAGUCUACCGAAAAGUUAUAGAGAUAAAUCUUUGUGGAACCAUUGGAUCUACUCUAAUAGCCCUUGAAUAUAUGAGGAUGGACAAUGGCAAAGGAAAAGGUGGCAUGAUCCUCAACGUUGCAUCCACUGCUGGUCUGGUUCCAAUGAGUGCAGUUCCUUCGUACUGUGCAAGCAAACACGGUGUUGUCGCCUUCACGAGGGCACUGGCCUUUGAGCGGGAUUAUAUGGGCAUUAAGUUCUUCCUCAUAUGUCCUUCCAGCACGCAAUCCCAACUUUAUGAGCAAUGCUUUAUGUCAGAUAAUUACAUGAAAGGAAGUCCAGGGAAACAAGAUGCAUUGAAGGCUGCUCGACCACCACAAAGUGCUUCCGCUGUUGGAGAAGGAGUUGUAAAAAUUCUGAAGGAAGGAAAGAGCGGAAGUGUUUGGCUGUCAGAAGAUUACAAGAUUACUGAAGUUACGGAUAUACCAGUGAUGGAAUGGUGAAACAUUUACUUAGUGCCUAUAAAUCACAUAUCGUUUAGUAAUAAAAAAUAGUCAAUUGUAUAAAAAUUAGAGAAUUAAAAAAAUCUACUUAAAAUGUAAUAUUGUUACCAAGUUUAAAUUUCAAGCUUUAGGAGCUACUUGAAAAAUUUCCAUUCAAUAUCUGUGAUUAAUCACAAAGUCAACAACGCCAUUCAAAUUUACUUUGUUUGAAAAAAUUAUCAUCAACUGAUUAGAAACACUUUAAUUGUAAAUUAAAUUAAAUCUUGAAAAAAAAAUUAAUUUCUAUACCUAACGAGUUUUUCCAAAACAUGCAAAAAGUAUGAGUACAAUGUUGUGAAAAUAUUAAAAUAAAAUCAAUGCAAUUCCUCA